GGUCCAGGUAGAGAUCUUACAACCCAAAGAAGAUGUCAAGACGCAGCCGGUUGCAAGCCAAGCAGCAGCAGCCACUGUCAUGCCAAGAAGAGUCUCCACAGGAACUGCAGGCACCAGAACCUCUCCAGACCAGAAAAAGGAGAACAGCAGAGGAGAUUAAGAAAAGAGAAGAUGGGAAAAUUGCUAAAAAGCAUCAAUAUGAGAUUAAGAGUUGUUGGCCGCCCACAAUAACAGGAGGCAUCUCACCUUGCAUAAUUAUUGAAACUCCGCACAAAGAAUCAGUAACCACUGACUUCUCAAGAUUCAAAAAAUACAGGUUCAGAAACCUCUUCAUAAAUCCAUCACCUUUGCCAGAACUCAACUGGGGAAAUUCCAAAGAUGUCUGGCUCAACAUCCUGAAGAAGGAGAACCGAUACGCUCACUGCAAACAUUUCACAUCACUACACUCCAGUUUGCAACCUCACAUGAGAUCAAUACUGUUAGACUGGCUCUUAGAGGUAUGUGAGGUGUAUGCACUCCACAGGGAAACUUUCUACCUAGCUCAAGACUUUUUUGAUAGAUUCAUGUUGACACAAAAGAACAUUAACAAAAGCAUGCUUCAGCUCAUAGGAAUUACCUCAUUAUUCAUUGCCUCCAAACUUGAGGAAAUCUACGCUCCUAAAAUACAGGAAUUUGCUUAUGUCACUGAUGGUGCUUGCAGUGAAGAUGAUAUUGUAAGAAUGGAACUUAUUAUGUUAAAGGCUUUAAAAUGGGAACUCUGUCCAGUGACAAUCGUCUCUUGGCUGAACCUCUAUCUUCAAGUGGAUGCUCUGAAGGAUGUUCCGAAAGUGCUGCUACCUCAGUAUUCUCAGGAAAAAUUCAUUCAGAUAGCACAGCUCUUAGACCUGUGUAUUCUGGAUGUGAAUUCUUUGGACUUCCAGUAUAGAACGCUAGCUGCUGCAGCGCUCUGCCACUAUACCUCAAGUGAAGUAGUUAAGAAAGCUUCAGGCUUAGACUGGGACAGCAUUUCAGAGUGUGUGGAAUGGAUGGUUCCCUUUGCGAGCGUGGCAAAAAAAGUCCCUGCAAAGCUGAAGAACUUUAAGAAGGUUGCAGUAGAAGACCGACAUAAUAUCCAAACGCACACAAAUUAUUUGGACAUGCUGGAAGAAGUUAACAGUGGAGUAGCAGCUACUGCCCCAGGUCAGUUAUCACCUGUGUCAACAGGAGGAAUAAUAACCCCUCCCAAAAGUACAGAGAAGAAAUGA